UGAGCUGAAGUCAGAUGCGCCCCCCGGGUGUCUCAGCAGUGCUUUCUCAUGAUGCACGAGAUUUAAAGCUUUGACAUGGCCAUGUCCCAAAAAGCCUAAGGCAUCACCAACCACAGUAACACAGCUCGUCAGUCCAGCUACAACGUGGACUCAAACUGUUUUCCGGUUUUCUGGGCUUCUCUGAGAGCUGAUUCUCCAUCGCCGUCACUCCUGGAUGCAUCUUAAAAGGGCUUCCCGUGUGCGUGGGGCCGACGGCCCUGCAGAGGGAGGCCAGAAAGCAGGCGGUCGCGUGUGGAUGGGGAGGCCACGGUGCCUGCAAAACAGCAGAUCCAGUUUGGAGGCAGUGCAUCCAGAGGAAGUUCGGGAUCGAAGCGCUAGGUCUUUGCCUCGGCACGGGCUUCGAAGGACGGUCCAGACGAGCCCCCGCGGCAGCCAGGAGGACUGUGCGGCCGGAAUCUCCCUGCGAGGAACCAGCCCACCGGCCUGGGCCAAGGGAUUAUGUAAACUCCUGGUGGCGGCUCUGACCGCAGGGCGCCGUGCCUCCACACUGGCUGCUCCGUCUACACCGGCUGCUUGGGCCCUGCUGGGUGUGCCGGUGGGCAUGGCCACUGGAGUGGGCAGGGCAGGGUCGCAGGAGGAGAUUAAUUACAAACGAGAGAUGAUCAGAUUGGAUUUGGAAGGUCGAGCGUGCUGGGAGUCCCCUGUGCUGUGCGAACGGCCACAAAGCAACGCUGCAGGCGCCACGCGAUGCCGGGCAGGGAGACGCCAGAGCACAGAAGAGGGAGACGACAUCAUGAUGAAUGGUCAGUUUGCCGACUUACAAUCCUAAGCGGGCACCCACUGAACAGAAGAACUUCAAAAUACAUAAAAUACAAACUGAUGUAUCUGAAAUAAGCAAUAAGGAAUCAGUGGUUACAGUUGGAGAGCUCAAUACCCCUUUGCCGGAACCUGCGGAAGGGCCGCCGCCAGCCCACAAGCCUGCUGCUGUGUGACACGGACCCACGGGUCUUCUUGGCUGGACACGAAACCCACCAAACAAACCGUCUUGGGUCCCAAAAAACUGAUAUAGAACUGAAAUCAUACAAAACAUGUUUUCUGACCAUAACAAAAUUAAUGUAGAAAUUAAUAACAGAAAGAUAUUCAGAGAACCUCUAACUACUUGAAAAUUAGGUGACACACUUAAAGAAUCCACAAGGUAAAGACACUGCAAGAAAUCUGGGAAAUAUUUUGAACUGUAUGAAAACCGGAAACAGGAAAACAACAGAAAAUGAAUGAAUUCAGACGGAUUUUGAGGGGGCUUAAGCAUCAGAAGCUUGUUUUCAGUUUAGGUCACGAUCUUGUCUCUGCCCCUCCCUCACUUGAGCGCGCUCUCCUAAUAAAUAAGUAAACUUUAAAAA